AUGUCUGUGUCAUCCAAGCCAGAUACCGCUAAAAAUGCGGAAAAAGAACAGCCGGCUGCGCAUAUGUUUUCCGGGGCAUACAAUGAGGCUGAUGAAGAGAACAUGCCCUCGGCGGAGUCGAUUCCGGGUCCAGCCCUGAAGCGCAAGCUGAAGAGCAGGCAUCUUCAAAUGAUCGCAAUCGGUGGUACAAUCGGAACUGGUUUGUUCAUAUCUAGCGGCGAAGCUUUAGCACACGCUGGACCGAUUGGCGCUCUCAUUGCUUAUAUUUUCAUCGGCUCCAUUGUGUUUUCCGUCAUGACUUCUCUCGGUGAGAUCGCCACAUAUCUGCCUGUAUCCGGAGCAUUCACUUCCUAUGCUACUCGACUGAUCGAUCCCAGCCUUGGAUUCGCGAUGGGCUGGAUCUAUUGGUUCUCAUGGGCUAUUACGUUCGCGCUUGAAUUGACUGCGACAAGCCUUAUAAUCCAAUACUGGGACCCUACGAUUAACACUGCGAUAUUCAUCGCUGUCUUCUGGGUCGUUAUUACAAUUUUAAAUUUGUUGCCGGUUAACUUUUAUGGCGAGAUUGAGUUUUGGUUAUCUACAGCCAAGGUACUAACAGUGAUCGGAUUUAUCCUCUUCGGUAUCUGCAUCGACGCUGGCGCUGGGGAUCAAGGAUACCUUGGCUUCCACAACUGGGUUCACCCGGGUCCCUUCGUCGACUACCUUGUGACUCCAGGACCCACAGCAAAGUUUGUAGGAUUCUGGGCCGUGCUCAUCCAAGCUGGAUUCUCCUGCCAGGGCACCGAACUCGUUGGUUUAGCCGCGGGUGAAACCGAAAACCCACGGCAGACAGUCCCCAAAGCGAUUCGAGCGACCUUUUUCCGCAUCCUCCUCUUCUACGUGUUUUCCAUUUUCUUCAUGGGUCUUCUCGUGCCAUCCGACAACCCAGACCUUCUUUCAGGCUCUUCUAACGCAAGCGCCUCGCCAUUCGUCAUUGCCGCCAAACUAGCCGGCGUCAAAGUUCUCCCCGGCCUCAUCAACGCAGUCUUAUUGACCGUUGUGCUCUCAGCAGCCAAUUCCAACGUCUACAGCGGAAGCCGUAUGCUAGUCGGUCUAGCAGCUGACGGAUACGCUCCCUCGCUCUUCGCCAAGACGACAAAAGGUGGUGUCCCGUAUUUUGCGGUCGUCCUUACUGCACUGUUCGGACUGCUUGGUUUCAUGAAUAUCUCAACUUCCGGUACCACCGUCUUCAACUGGUUGCUCAAUAUCUCAACUGUGGCAGGCUUCAUUCUGUGGGCUUCGUUGAACGCGUGCCACAUUGCUUUCAUGCGGGCUUUGAAGGCUCGGAAUGUCUCCCGCAAUAUUCUACCUUAUAAAGCCCCGUUCCAGCCUUUCCUUGCUUACUAUGGUCUGUUUUUCAACCUCCUCAUCCUUUUCACUCAAGGGUUCACGGCUUGGAUUCCGUCUUUCAGUGUGCAGAACUUCUUCGUGGCGUAUGUCAGCCUUAUCCUUUUUGCUGUGCUUUGGAUCGGCCACAAACUCGUGUUCCGUGAUAGUCUGGUGUCGCCGCUACAGGCUGAUCUUGAUACUGGACGGGCGGAAAUCGAGAGUGAGCAUUGGGAUGUGUCGGUUCCUACUACAUGGUAUGGCAAGAUUUGGUAUGGGAUCAACGGGUGA